UUUUAUUUAAAAAAAUAUUGAAAAUUAGGAUUUUUUUGUAAAUGAAUUAAGGAUUCAAAAAUGGAAGAAAAUAUGAUUGAAAUACAAUUAACCUAUGAAGGUAACGAAUUUACAACAUUCGUUAAUCAAUGUUUUUAUGAUGUUUUAAGAAAAGAUCCAACCACUUUACAAAAUUAUGCAGAAUUAGUAUAUAAUAAGGAACAUAUGAAUAGGAAUGAUGUGAAUGAGGAUAAAGAAAAUGACAAAUUUUAUUGGUCUGAAGCUUCAGUAAAAUUAUUAUUGGAUAAAAGAUUAUCCAUGGAAAAAGAUUUCAUACAACCAAAAUGUUCAAAAAAAAAAAUUGUUGAACAAAAUUGUAAUGGACUUAAAUAAGUUUAAUUAUAAAGUUUCUGAUUUAAUGUGUGACAAUAAAUAUAUGAAUUUAUUGCAUACAUAUAAAAUUAAUAAAAAAAAAAACAAAAUACUACUGGUAAAGGAGCAAUUAGGUGGGAGCAUUUUGAGUUAUUUGAUAGCGUUUUAGGGAAAAAAGAUUCUUCGUACCCCCCCCAAAUUAAUUUAGGGUCAACUAUAGAAGUAGUUGAUGACACAAGCCAUGAAGCAGGUAACGAAAUAAAUGAAGCAGGCAGUAGCAGCCAACAAGAAGGAGAACCCCGAAAAAGAAAAUUGGAAGUAUUGUCAAUGGGCAGAUAUUUGUUUUUAAAAAAUAAAACGGCUGAAAAAAAUGAUGAAAGAAAAGAAGCAUUUAAGCAAAAAAAAUUUAAAGAGGAAAAAGAAUUAAAAAAACAAGAAAUAGAUGCUAUUUUAAAAUUAUCAGCCGCUAUAGCAGCUUCAAAACAAAAUUAGUAUGUUUAGCAUCUGCUGCCUGUGGCAUAGUCUACGAGGAGGCUACUUUUGAAUAUAUCUUAAUGCAAAUAUAUUUCUAUUAGAGUGCAAUGUAAUAUUUCUGCUUUUUGUAUUCCAAUAAAAUUACUCUCCCUAAUAGAAAUAUAUAUUUGUAUUAAGUAUAUAGAAAUUUAACUGUUGACUUUAAUAUUUUCCGU